UUUUGGAGAAUGCAAUGACCUUUCAGUUUCUCAAACAGUUUGUUUAAUUAGCGUAGCAAAUACUCGUGAUUGCAGGAAAAGAGUUUAAUUCGAUCUCCGGAGCUAGUCAUAGACCUUAUCCUAGAACUGUCUUGCGAAUCCAAGAUUGACUAAUUUGGUUUACUUAAAAUAUCUUUUCUCUCCAUCCAAUUUCGGGUUUGUCUUGCUAAAUUGAAGAAAGUUUUUCUAGUAAGGAAAUAAUCAAUGAUCAUAUAAAGAAAUGAUUUUUUCUUUAAAGAAAAGUUAUUUAAAUCAAAGACAUUAAUUAAGAGUUCUUUCUGCAAAGCAAGUUUCCAAAAUAAAGGGUGCUAUUCAAAAUUCAAAAUAAAAGCUUCCAAAAUAUUUUCCUUCACACAAAUAAAAAGAAUAUUUUAAUACCUAUAAGGAAACAUUUUUUGAAUAAUUUCCAUACAAGAAGACCGUAAUAUAUAUGGAGAUCCGAGCUAUUAAGGAGAGUGCAUAAAGUCCUGAUCUUGCACAUUUAAGAAGACCUUGCUCAAAAGGAAAGAAUUCAUUCUCAAAGGAAAUUAAAAGAUGCAACAAAAGAGAAUUUGACCAACAAGGAAAGCUUUUUAAAAGCAAUAAAGUCUUGACAGCUCCUACACGUCCCUAUAUAUGACUAAGCUUGUGCAUAGAGAUGAUUGUGCUUGAACCAAGAAGAAAAUACUCAAAUAAGGAGAGUUAUACAAGCAUACAAAAGAAGACCGAGUACCUGCGAUAGUUCCAUUAACAAUUCUAUCCUUUGUAAUUCAAUUUCUUCUAUUGUAUUGGCGUUGAGAGGAACAUUUGAAAAUGCUUUCCUCCGAGGGUUGGGGUGUGAAGUGAGAGCUUUGUUGUAAAGCUGAGAGACUCCUUACCCACAAGGUAAGGUAGUGAGAACUCUACCUAGAGAGGCUUGAGUUGGGGUGGCUCAAUGGUAAACUAGAAGAGUUUAUCUCGUAAUCUUUUUAAAGGCUUUUAGUGAAGCAUUUUUCAAAUUCCUCUGAGGGAGGUCGAGGGUUUUUAAUUCCUGUUGAGCGAAGGGAUUUUUCUUCGUUAAAUCUUUGUGUUCUUUAAUUUCUGUUUUCCCUUUGCCUUGCACUACAACUCGGCGAAAAACUGUCAUAGUUCUACGCACACACAAUUCACCCCCCUUGUGUGAUUCAACCGGUUCAUCAAUUGGUAUCAGAGCCGGUUUUCUCCGCGUAAAUGGUAAAACCUUGAGAAGUGGCAGAAUGAACACGGUUGACCAUCUUGAAGAAGGUUACUCGAUCCAACGACCUCCACUGUUCAAUGGCAAGUUCUAUCAAUUCUAGAAAAGUCGAAUGAUUUUUUUAUCAAGACAGACAACUAUCAGAUAUGGAACAUUAUUGAGGAAGGUGAUGAUGUUAUCACAAAGGUCUCCAAUGAAGGUACUAUUGUUCCUAAACCCAAAUUCGAUUAUACUUCUCAUGAAUAUUUAAAACUCUAGCAUAAUGCCCAAGCUCUUAAGUAUUUGAUUUGUGGACAUGGUCCUGUUGAACACAAUCAGGUUCUAGGAUGCAAGUCUGCCAAUCAAAUGUGAGAGAUUUGCUCGAGGUUACUCAUGAAGGUACUUCCCGUGUAAAAUGAUCCAAAAUUGACAAAUUUAUGCAGAAUUAUGAACUUUUCGUAAUGAAGCAUAAUGAGUCCAUUAGGGAUAUGAUUAUACGGUCUACUAAUAUCAUUAAUGAGCUUUCAACUUUGGGAAAUGAAAUAUUAGUUGAAGAUCACGUGAGAAAAGUGAUGACAAGCUUGCCAUCUACAUGGAAGCCAAAAACCACGGCAAUAGAAAAGACCAAAAAUCUAUCAACCCUAACCCUAGAGGAUUUGAUGGGUUCACUCAUGGUAUACGAACUAGGAUUGCAAGAGAAACAAGAUGCUGAAAAUGUGAGAAAAGAAAGAGGCAUUUCUCUCAAGGAACGAGAAGAAGAGUAUUCUGAGAGCGAAUCUGAGGAUGAAAUUAGCAUGUUUAAGCAAUUUGGAAAAGUAUACCGACAAUUCAAAAACAACAAAAACAAACAAGGUAAGAAAAACUUUUAAUGGUUUGAUAACCAAUGUUGCUUUGUUUGUGGAUCAUUUGAGCACAUGGCAAAAGACAGUCCGCGAAAGAAAAAUGACAAAACCCACGACAAGAACACAUCAAUUUCUACCCAAAGGUUUAAUGAAGACUAAAGAUUCAAUAGAGAUCUGAAGAAAGCAGUGAUGGCUGUAUGGGGAGACUCAUCUGAUGAUGAUGAGGACGAGAGUGAUAAGAGUUCAAAUCAAGCUAGAUGAUGUCUUAUGGCUAAUUCUGACGAGAAAUCUGACCAAGAGAACUUUGAGGUGGAACAAAGCAAGUAGAUCAAACAAUAGUCAAGAUUGAACUCCUCAGCCAACAGUCCAGAUUCAACAC